GUUAGUCAACGUGGUCUCGUCCGAAUACAAAUUAUAAAUGCUGGAAGUGGAAUCGAGGCUCAAAGUCGGAGGGACAGCUGAAGUGAACACAUCGCACCAUAUUUGUUGAGAAAAGAUGAAUGUCGUCGGAUAUUUGAUUACGCUCGCUAAUCUUCAGAGUUUUGAAGACUCCGGCGGGCCAUUAAAGGACUUGUCCAUACGAAUGAGCGAAGUGCAGACACUUGCAAAUGAGCUGCGGAACCACCCCGAGUUCACCAUCGAGGGCUUCAGGCAGACGGGCUACUUCCAGGUUGGCAACGUUGGCAAGUACUUGUCUCAGAAUCUGCGCAACUAUCUCUUUCACGGCAACGUGAAUCCUAAAGACGAGGGCGUCAUUCUCACUCUUGACUACUCCAACCGAACUCCUGCGCCUCACGGCUCCAGCACUAACCAAGAAGAUGGCACCUUGUCUUACUACGUACAUAAGACUGGGGAUCUCAGUAAAGAAGAAAGGCAGAAUAUCUAUAGGUACUUGGACACUGUCAAAAGAGUUCACCGCAACAAAAGAACUGUGUCUGACAUGGUGAAUUGAAUCGUCACGUAGCGUUAGCGUCUAUUCUAAAACAAUAGUUACUUCACGGUAAUUCGUUGUUACCUUACUUUACCCAUACUAUGAAGUAGAUUAAUAAAAGUACUAAGCACAA